CAAGGUUAGGCGGGCUUUUCUUCCUACCGACCAAGGACGUCAUUUUCAUCAGGUCUUGAUUUUGAAUUCAACAAUGGCAGCAGCAAGCAUGCGGAUUGGAUGGCAGAAUCUACUUCUUGUACUUACAGUGCUUCCCAGCUGCAGGAGUUUGCAGGUUUCGAUCCCACAGGAGGAAUACGAGGCCGUAAAUGGAGAAGAUAUUACUAUGAUCUGUUCCUUCAUUCCGGCCAAACCCGACUUCAGCAUGCUGGUUCUCACAUGGGAAGCGUAUCCCGACAACAUUGAGGAGCCAAUGAAAACCGUGGCCACCUUUUUUUUAAACAACCCAGUGGACAUCUCCCCCGCAUAUGAAGGUCGAGCAACUCUGGAAGUGGACGUUGCCAGACAACAAAGCACACUUCACUUAACAAAGCUGACCGUGAAGGACAGUCGUAACUUCCAGUGCAGCGUUAGGAUUCCCAAUGAUGACGAAGGAACUACUGCUGCCUCCACCUCCCUUCUAGUUCUAGUGGCUCCCUCUGCGCCCCUGUGCAGGCUCCAGGGUACAGCAGAGUACUGGCACAACAUCAACCUCACUUGUGUGUCUGAGGAGGGCUCUCCAAAACCGAGCUAUGCAUGGAAGAGCUACAAUGUGGAAAACAGACCAAGACCGUACCCAUCCAAAACCACUGAGAAAAAUGGAGCGCUGUCACUUUUCAAUAUUUCAAGAGAGACAUCUGGCUUCUUUAUUUGUGUUUCAACUAAUCGAGUUGGCUCUGCCAGCUGCAACUUCACCUUGGCCGUGAUGCCUGCCAGCUCAAACAUGGGAGCUACGGCAGGUAUAAUCGGAGGUGUCCUUGCCGGAUUGCUGGUUCUUGGAAUCGUCGUCUACUGCUUCUGCAAGAAAAGAGGCAAAAAAGAUAAGAAUGCUAAAGGAGAAAUGGAAUUUUCCGACAAAGACGCUACUGAAGCUGUGAGGCAGUACCAGGACGAAGAGUCCAGUGGCGUGACCGAGAAGGCCGAAUACAAAGAUGCUGUUCCUCAAGACACAGAAGAUCAUCAUGGUGGUUACGAUAGCAGCAGAGAAAACAACAGUGGCGACGGCGCUCAGCGUUAUCAGGAUCCCCGCCGCGGCAGUCGCGAUCAUCUUGACGAAAAACGUUUCGAAGUCCGGAAAGAGUACGGCGGGAGUCGCGAUCGCCUCGAUGAGCAGCUCGAUCGCAACGGUCGCGGCGGGUCUCGAGAACACCUCGACAAUCGCGAUGAGUGCAGGGGUAGUCGCGACAGGCUCGACGAUCAGCGCGGACACUACGGCGGAAGUCGCGACCGGCUCGACGAGCAGCGUAAUCGCCACAGUCGAGACAGGCUGGACGACGAGCGCGAUCGUUACGGCGGCAGCCGAGACCGCCUUGAAGAACGUAACCAGUACAGAGGAAGUCGCGAUAGGCUCGACGAACCCCGCGAUCGCUACGGUGGAAGUCGGGAUCGCCUUGAUGACGUCUAUGACUGCUAGCUGACGUUAUUAGUUUGAUGAUAGUGGUGCGCCGGUUUUGUACGUACCUCGUUUUCAAGGUCACAGUUCGGUUAGUUUAUGGGAACUAACUGCAGAACAUACAAUUGCUUAACUUUAAUGAUUUGUGACAAUUGCAACAGUAAUAGAGAAUGAUUAUCUUAUUUUUAGUAAAUUAAAGUUUUUAUUGGCUGUUACAUCACCAUGACAACACAAGACUGGACUGAUACUGUCUUUUCAAAUUGAAAGUGUUAUCUUUUACAGAAGAUUCAAUUGUUGGUUAAACUCAAUUCUCCACAAUUUUCACCCAACCAAAAAAAAAGGCGUCAUGGCAAAGUCUGCCUCAUUAGUAAAGAGCCUGCCUUCAAACAUUUAUAUUAUCAUAGAUAUAACAAUUCGGAUGUGGGUUGAGAUCAGGGGACGUCGUUGUGGUUCGUGAACCCCUCUGAGAUACUUGUGUUUAAGGGCUAUACAAAUAAAUUGUGAUCGAUUGAUUGGUUAACGACUUUACGCACUUGGUGGACGUGUCCGAAAGCUGGAUGGGAGGAAAUGAAUAAAAGAAACGUGCAUAACUUCAAGCGCAUAAUUACGGAGCCCCUAAAGGGACAUGGAUGUUUUGCGAGAUCUCGCAAUACUUUUUGCGAGAUCUCGCAAAAGUUUUUUUUCCGAUGUCAGUGAACCGGAAUUGAAACAGACACAGCUGUGGAGGAGCGGGAGCAUGCGGGAGCCUACCCAUCAUCUGUGCUCUGUUGUGGGA